CCCGCGCCUUCCGUCUUGUUCAGGUUUAGGGUUUUUCGGAGUCAAGAAUGGAGGACGCCGUUGCGUCGCUGACGAAGAGCUUGGCCCUCGUCCCGCCGGCUGCCGUUCCGGCGAUCGUAGAUUGCGUCAUCGCGUCCUCCUGCUUCGAGCCUUCCCUUCUCUUCUCCUCCCUCGUUCGGACCAUCCCUGAUCCCGCCGAGGUUUUUGAAUCGAACUGCAUUCUAUCUCAUGCGGUUGCACUUGGCCAUCUGAUUAAGCUCACUCCAAGCAAUGAUGCUAUGGAGCUAUUUAUCUGGAAAGUGUUUGUUCCAAUGGUCAAAUCUGUGGAACCGAAUGAUACUGAGUCGAUUAACCAGGGUUUGGGAUUAUUCUGUGAUGUUGUGCUGAAGACUCAUUCUUGGGAGCUUAUAGGGACAAUUCUGGUGCCAUUCUGCCUGGGAUCACUUGUUAAAAACCUGGGUUUGAUUUGCAAUGAGGAGCUGACCAUCUGUCGUUGGAGCAUUGAGGAUGGAUUUGAGCAAAAACCAACUGGAAUUACAAGAGGAAGUUUACCAUUACUGAUCUCAUGUCGAAUCUUGAUUUCAUUGCUGAAUUCUGCAUUGGAGAGUGAGCGUGAAACUCAUAGCUCAGAGCGGAAAAUAGUAGAUGGGUUUGGUGACUCCGGACGUUUCAGUCAUAAUCUCUUGUGGGACUUGUCGAAUAUGGUGAUUGAAAUACUCACACAGAGUACAGAGCACCGGUCUUGUGUUAUUCGGCUUAUCCUUCCACAUAUACUCAGAUCAUUUUGUGAUUUUGCUUUGGUAAUGGUGAUGGUUAAUGGGUCAGCAUGCACGCUAUCCAGGAUUUCUUUCUUGAAGAAAAUUUGGGCAUGUUGCGUAUGCUUGUUCUCUCUUGGACAUGAAGAGAGAAUUGAUGCCUAUAAUAUACUCUCCAUGUGUUUCUCUUCAUUUAAGGUCAUUGACGGGUGUGGAAGUACAUCAGAAGGUGAGUUAAGUGAAAAAUAUGAUUUGAGCAAUGAGAAGGAAUUUUGGAAGGAGAUACGUAGAGGACUGGUUGAUAAGGAUCCAUUUUUGAGGAAGCAGGCUUUGUAUGUUUUGAAAGUUUCACAUUGCAAUUGUUAUGAUUCCGUUGGAAACAAGGAUGAUGAAUAUUGCUCUAGUGCCUCAAGAUUCACUGUAGAUUCCAAGAAUGGCCACGCCAUCUCUAGCAAUGUAACUCAUGCACAGACCAAGAGAGGAAAGUGGGCAGAUAAAGAAGCAAAGUCCAUGGGUGUUGGAGAAGUUUGCCAUUUGGGUGCGAAUGGUUUGAGUAGCCAGGAAAGAUGGACAGUCUUCAUAUUACUGUAUGAGAUGCUUGAGGAGUAUGGCACUCAUCUAGUUGAGGCAGCAUGGAUGCACCAGGUAUCCUUAUUUUUGGAAUCUGGGCCAUUCAGUACAUGUAUGAUUGCAACUACCUGUGCUGUUUAUCAAGUACAAAUGGACACUUUAGAUGGAAUUUUUAACUGGUUGUCAGUUCUGUGGGAGCGUGGCCUUUUUCAUGAAAAUCCUCAAGUUCGCUGCUUAAUUAUGGAUUCUUUCUUGAGCAUUUCAUGGGACAAGUAUGCAGAUUAUGCACAAAAAGUGCCCAGAAGCUUUGUUUUAGGUCCAUUCAUCUUGGGGUUAAAUGAUGUUGUGCACCAUAAGGACUUUGGUGUGAAAGGAGUUUAUAUGUCAAGCACAAUUCAUGGCGCGACCAAAUAUUUACAUGAAUAUUCUCGUCAAAUGUCUUUGAGUGAGCGCAUAGAGCUUGUUUGUGGUUUGGCUUCUAUUGCUAGACAAGACUCAUUUGGUAGAGCUGGAUUAAUGGCUCUUGCAUUUUGUAUUGCCUCAGCUGCUGGCACAGUUAUACAUGAUGAUGGUGAAGUGUAUGAUAGCAUGAAUGAUUACACCAUUUCAGGGAUAAAAGAAGCUGAAUCUUCUCAAGAAAAUCCUUUAUCCAGCCGGGCUGCAGAGUUAUUGGAUGUUCUUGGGGUGGUUGUUGAGAGAAGCAAGCAACACUUUAAUCCAAGAUAUCGCCUUAGAGUUUGCGAGCAGGUUUUGAAAGCUGCAACUUCUGUUAUCAGCAUUUGUGAUGUCCCCACUGAUAUUCUUUUGCAUUUCCUUUCAAAUGUUCCUCGGGAGUUCACUGACUUUACUGGUCCAUUAAGAGGCUUAGUGCAACAAUGGCUUAAUCAAAAUGGUGGUCAACCUAGCAAAAUGGGAUCAGCUUAUGGCAACAAAGAGCUCCUCGAGAGGCUUGCUUUUUUUCCUAGAAGCUUCAUAAGCAAACAUUCGCCAGAUGCUUGUGUUUCUUUUGAUGAUGAGGAUGUGGAUGCAUGGGAACUUGAGGGGCAAAGGUGGGCAAGAGUGCUUUUCCUUGUUGUAUGGGAUGAACAUUUGGAACCAAUAUUUAAGUUUCUUCAGAAUAACACAAUGAGUUCUAUACUGCGGAGGGUGUCAUUUGAAUUUGGUUCCACUCAAACUCUAAUUCUGCAAAGCUUCUGUGUUGAAAGAAAUUUGAAAUUGGAUGGAGGAGAUAUACUAACCAUAGGUAGAAGUUCAUCAGAGAAAGUUUACACCUAUGUUGCAUCUCUUUGUCGGCGCAUGACUCAGUUUCCAGUAUUCUGGUCUAUAUCUAGUGGAAGGCUGAUCUGCCUCAUUCCUAUCAAAGGAAAGCUUUGGAGUCCAAGUCACAUGCUGGCUUCUCACACAACAUCUGAUGUGCUGCUAUGUCAUGAUAAGCUUUUCAUGCAUGGUUCCAGAGUGAUGAAUACUUUUAUUUCUGUGAUUCUGAUGGCUAAAACCCUCACAUUUUGUUAUCAUUUGCUUUAUCAUAGACUUCUUGAAUUUCUCAUUCCACAGAAACAGAUGAUGCCAUUGACAUAA